AUGGGCGCCUGCGUCCGCAGCAGGCAGUGGAGGGUCGCCCUGGUGCUGGCGUCUGGCCUGGGGCCGGGCGAGGCGGACGUCGUCACGUUCAGCACGGCGGUCAGCGCGUGCGAGAAGGGCUCCAACUGGAGCUUGGCGCUGGCGACGCUGGGGUCGAUGGCGGAGCUCCAGGUAUCUCCCAACGUGGUCACCUCCGGCGCUGGGAUCAGCGCCUGCGCGAGGGGGAAGCAGUGGCAAUUGGCGUUGGCGAUGCUCGCCGCCAUGCCGGCACAGGAGCUCAAGCCGAACGUUAUCACCUACAACGCGACCAUCCGCGCGUGUGAGAAAGGCCGCCACUGGCUGCACGCCCUGGGGGUCCUCGAGCACAUGCAGGGCGCCGGUCUGGAGCCCGAUUCGAUCAGCUACAGUGCCACGAUCAGUGCGUGCGAGGCGGGUUCGCGGUGGGACCUGACGCUGGGCUUUCUCAGGCGCAUGCGGCAGGGCGGCUUCACGGUCGACCCGAUGACACACGCUGCGUGCAUCUGCGCCGCAGGCAAGCGGCACCGCUGGAGGGAGGUGGUCAUGCUCUUCGAGCAGGCCCAGGGCAGCGGGCUGCCGCUCCGCGGCGUGGCGCGCGGCAUGGUGCUCACGGCCCUCGAGAGGGGCGGCCGCCGCGCCGAGGCCAGGGCGCUGGUGGACGAGGUGCUGGCGAGCGAGCCGCCCGCGGAGGCCGCCGAGCUCGCCGCGGCGGUCAACGGGUGCCGCAGCUGCAGCAGGUGGGACUGGGCGCUCGGGCUGCUGGGGGGGCUGCGCCGGGCGUGGCCGUCGGACACGGUGGCGCUGAGGGCCGCGUUUAACUCGACCAUGGGGGCCUGCGACAUGGCGAAGCAGUGGGAGACGGCGCUGGAGUUGCUUGCGGACAUGCAGGGGGCGAGCCUAGCCAUGUGUAAGAGUUCCUACGAGAUGGCGAUCGCGUCGUACGCGAAGAAGGGGGACUGGUCGGCAUCGACCGCCCUGCUCAGGGAGAUGCAAGAGAGGCGGUUGCCCCCAGACGCGUACUCCUACAAUUGCGCCAUCAGCUUGCUCAACAGGCUGAGGAUGUGGCAGCGGGCCUCGGAGCUGUUCCAGGAGAUGCGGGACGCGAGCGCGAGGCCGAACGUGAUCACCUUCAGCGUCAUGAUCAGCGCCUACGAGAAGGGCAGGCGCUGGCAGAUGGCCGUCGGGCUGCUCCAGGAGAUGAAGCAGGAGGCCGCCACCCCGAACCAGGUCACCUACAACUCCCUGCUGAGCGCGUGCGACAAGGGCGAGCAGUGCGCCCUGGCGCUGCGGCUCUUCCUCGAGAUGAAGGACCUCGGCCUGGCGCCCGACGUCGUGACCUACGGCGCCAUGACCAGCGCCUGUGCCAAGGCUGGGCUGUGGCAGUGGGCGCUGGCGCUGCUGGCGGAGAUGGUGCAGCGGGGCAUCCAGCCGAGCGUCGUCUCGUACACCGCGGCGGUGAGCGCCUGCACCACCGCCAGCCAGUGGCCCGUCGCCGUGGCGCUGCUGCAGGGGGCGGGCACGGCCGGCGUGGAGCCGAACGUCAUCACCUUCAGCGCGGCCAUCGCGGCGUGCGACAAGGGCGGUCAGUGGGACUGGGCGCUCGCGCUGUUCCACGAGAUGCGGCAGAAAGGCGUCGAGCCGAACGAGGCCACGUACAGCAGCGUGAUCCUCGCCUGCGCGCGCGCGGGGGAGUGGCAGUGGGCGGGGCCCCGGGGCCUCGGGGGGGCAACGGGCGGCAGGGGGGUGGGGCGGCCCGCCGCGGGCGGGCUCGCCGCGGAGGCGUUCCGGGGCGACGCAGGCCUCUGA